GAAAGAGAAUGGCCUGCCUUCUAGAGGGUGUUUCCCAUACUUGUUUAGGGAAAGUUCAAGGGAGAAGGCUACUUAACGCUGUUCACUAGGAGACGACGAGAGAACCCACGGCGUGAUAAUAAAACACGCAGAGACUUUGAGAGAGACUGCAGAAGGAGUAGGCUACUGCUCCAUGUCGGAACUAUCAGAUAUAGGCCUACAUGGAUACGAUUGAAGAUGGAGGUAGGGUCCACAGAGGAAGAGACAACGGAGGAGAAGGACGACGACGGGCGACAUCUCCCCAAAGAAGACCAGGAAGAGGGAUCGGGAGAUCCUUAUCUGACUUCCCUGGGCGACCAGCACCUUCCCAUCAUGCACUGGGAGGACCUCAGCCUGCGCAUCGCGGAGCUGGAGAAACAGGAGCAACAGAAGAGGGAGAGAGCAGAGAGCGGUAGCUCCUUCCCGGGGGAGAGAGAGGAGGAGCGGCGUGGGGAGCUGUGGCGAGCCCCCUGGGGCGACCGGGAGGAGGACCAGGGCCGGAGGUGUCGCGUCUCCGUCGUCACUUCCCGAUUUCACAACCACAAGAACCUGCAGCUGUGUUUCAUCAACGACAGCGACAGUGAUGAAGAGGAGGGCUUCAGUGCCAGGGUUUCCCCGGGGGCAGGCGGCAUUGGUUCCCAUCCCUCGGGUCUGAAAGACGAGGUGACCGCAGCACUGAGGGCGCUGAGAGAUAACCUGGUGGCCGAGGAGAGGGGGAAGGAGCAGCUGGCCAGCGGUAGCAUUGUGGCCCAGCGGAAGCAUCUGGAACUUCCUGAACUGCACAACUGCUCCAUGCAACAGCUGAGAGCCCUGGAGGCAUCCCUCCAACAAGACAUACAUGAGCUGAGCUCUGAGCUGGUGUCUCAGCUGCUGGUGAGAGACCAGCUGAGGACCAAGCAGGACGCCAUGCUCCUCGACGUGCAGGACCUGACAUAGAGCCGGGGGGGCGGGACACACCCACCACCUGACCGCGCCCCCCCCCCACGCCACUACCCCCCGCCUGCAUGGCGGCGCUGAGGGCCUCGCGGAGCAGAAACCCCAGAGGACGGAGACUCCUAUUGGUCCAUCAGCAUACUCGUCUCCCAUUGGUCCAGGGAGGUUUUGUUUUUAUCGGCAAAUCAAGGCUCUAAAAAACUCUCUGGCUCUUAAUUCACCGUCCUCCGGGUGACACGACAAGGAUCCACGCUUCAGAAACAGAAAAACGUAUGUUGUGAUACUCAGGUAAACAGGAAGUGACGUAGCCACGGUAUCGACUUGGACAUCCUGAGUCCCCCAGUGGUGGUGUGGAGAAAGAAGUGAACCGGACACACGAACCCCCAGUGGAGGGGAAAGGAAAAGGAAGCACGGAAUAGGGAUGCCAGCCACAUGGUGGCUCAAACUGUGACUCGUAUGGAUCUCGUUGCCCACACACACACACACACACACGCUAUGGACGCCUUGUCGUUUACAUCUUGGAUACUUUGCACAAGUUCAGCAAGAAGAUCUAACACUAUAUUAAUAUGCACGUGGAGGUCAAACCUAUUGAAUGGAACGGUUUACUUCUCCUCCACAUUUUGCCUGAUUCGCCAGCUUGGGACCCUAACUGAGCUAACCACCUUUAGAGCCAUGCUCUACGUCAUGAGCUUUACAGAGACGGAAAACAUACGGUGUACUUGUGCCAUACUCCCCCCGUUGACCUACAGCUCUCCAGCGGAGCGGCGCGUCCAACCGCGGCAGCGCGAGUGCCUCGCUCUCCCUGCCGAGCGACUCCGGGGACAUCCACGGUCACUACAUAUUCAGAGACACAUGGCGCUGUGUCGUGCUCUGACUAAUAAGCUGUGCCUCACAUUCUACCUUGUUGUUCUUAAUCAGGGAAGUGAUGUCACAGGUAAUGAGGAAAUGAAGUUGGAAUAAUGAAUAACUCAAGUGUUUAUGCAAGACAGGACAGAGUGGAGGACUAAUAAUGGAGAGGAAACAAAAAACAUGACAAAGGGAAUUUUAUUUUUCCCUCCCAAAGAAUGCAAUAACAGUCUAUUGAUCUAUCGAUCAAAUGUCAGCAGCUUGUGUUUUAUUUUUUGUUUUUCCUUACAAUUCCUGAAUUUGCCAUGAAUUCUAAUAUGCAUAAGUGCCAGGACGAGUUCCCAGUCACCAUCCAUCGAGACGAGCAUAUAUACAGGAACACUUUCAGUAUUACACACCGAACCACACACAACCAUCAGUACAUCACACAUUCAGGCACGCAUUUCUGAAAGCCAUUAUUGUCAUUAUACUUUAUUGUUUACUGAUAGUUUGACAUACCACAUUGUGAGCCAAGGGCUGCUUGAAAGCAAUAGAUCUCCGCAGUUAAGAGCUAUUUAUUACACAUCAUGAGAAAAUGAGCGGUUUGGCCGCUGGCCCUAUACAUCCAGACUGUUACUUUAUCUUAGAGGGAUCUGAAUGUGCGAUGACCUUGAAUUAACCUUUAUUCUACUAUUCCUCUGGUCUGAUAGACUACAUAAUGAGAGCUAACUUAAAUUAUAACAUCUUGAGGUUUAUAUAUUUUGCUUAUGUAUGUGUUAUGUAAGUGUAGGUUCUAUUGCCAAACGCUACAGUAUUAUGAAGUUACAUCAAUUAUGUUUUACCGGAUUUAGGAAGUUAAAUUAGGAUUUUAUGCGAUUAUAGUAAAACGGUAAUCUCCACUCAAAUAUAGAUUUUGGAUAAAGGUUGCAGCCACAAAACAGAAGCUUAUUAUGGAGUUCAUGACUCAAAAUUGUAACUAAACUGAAUUUAAUUGUAGCUCUCCAGGAAGUUUAUUUUAUUUCAUGCUGUAUUUAAGGUUAUGGAAUAUAAGGCCACUGUAUUACUAGUAUUUAUUUUUGUAUUCAAAGGGAAUGUUCAGAAAUAUAAAUUCUGAAAAAAAAUCAAUGCAAUAGCUUAUGGUAUUGCUUUUGUCGUAUGAAAAAACCCAAGUGACCUUAACUUUAAUGCACGUUUAGAUACAUUUAUUUGUACUAAAUAUUAAUCCAACUCUGUGACUCAAAACUAAAUAUUAAUCAAAUGCUGUGCCUCAAAAGCGACCCCAUCUUUUAAUCUUGUAUCAAAAGUGUUUUCAUAACAACAUCGACUAACAGGGGAAACCAUGACGCUGCUCCAUCGUUUAGCCUACGUGGUCCAAGUUGUAAAUGUUUUAAUUAUUAGGCUACUCAUUUUGCCAUUAGGGAAUUUCUUCCUGAUACCUUUUUUGUAUUUAAUAAAUGUCAUCCGAAUCUUUAUUGUUCCUCGUCUUUACUGUGUUUAUUCAUACCAGUGCUACCUGACGCCUGAGCACACAUCUCAGCCGCGUGUUUAAAUAAAC